CACAGCUCUAAUAUAAUAUACAACGUGUAUGUUUGUAUGUAUGUAUGUAUGUACGUUGCAUUGAAUCACUAAAUCAAUAACAUUCAACGUUAUUUCUCUCUCUUCUUGGCCAGCAGCACCACCACCACCACCACCACCACCACCACCACCACCACCACAACCUCCACCACCACCACCACCACCACCUUCAGCACGACCAUUCCUACCAAGACAGUUCUGCUGGCAUGCCCGUCACUCUCAAGGUGGACCCCCAAGGCUUCUACCUCUAUUGGAAGAACAGCAGCAACGCAGACGCAGAGACAGAGGUGCUGGAUAUAAUGACCAUCAGAGACACACGCAGAGACAAGUUUGCCAAAGUCCCCAAGGACCCCAAGCUAACUCUUCGCGGCGGCGGCUCCACAGAGAUGAUGGAGCCCAAGUGUUUGACAAUAGUGCACGGAAACAGUUUCGUUGAUGUCAGUUUCUGCAACUUCAUAGCACAGAAGCCCGAAAUUGCCAAGCUUUGGGCGGACGAGAUCUUGAGGAUGGCUUAUAAUUUGGUGGCCAUCAACGCCUCGCCCAUCACCUUCCUCAGCAAAGCCUACACGAGACUCAGGCUCGCUGCGGACAGAAAUAACAAAAUCUCCGUGAAAAACAUUAUCAAGCUCUUCGCACGCCACGGGGAUGACAGAAAGAAGGUCGAGACAGCUCUAGAUGUCGCUGGUGUACCUUCCGGAAAAAACGACACUGUGUCCAUAGAGAAGUUCACAUGGGAAAUGUUCCUGCAGUUCUACCACAAGCUGACCAACAGGCUGGAGGUGGAGCGAGUCUUCUGUUUACUUACGGAUCAGGAGUACAGCACUGACCCAAAGUUCAGGCCCAAGGGGAUGAACAUUGAACAGCUGGUGAAAUUUCUCAAUGAAGAGCAGAGGGACCCACGCCUCAACGAAAUUUUGUACCCAUAUGCUGAUGCCGCCAAGGCCAAGGAGGUGAUCCGAGACUACGAGCCGGCUAAGGAGAACAUCACCAAGAAUGUGUUGAGCAUCGAGGGAUUCCUAAAGUACCUGAUGUCAGAUGAGAACACUGUGAUUUCCAUGGAGAUGGCUGACCAGUACGCUGACAUGGAGCAGCCUCUCUCACACUACUUCAUCAACUCCUCCCACAACACGUACCUCACAGGCCACCAGUUCACAGGCAAGGCCUCAAUAGAGAUGUACAGGCAGUGUCUCCUGGCCGGCUGCCGCUGUGUGGAGCUGGACUUCUGGAAUGGCAAGCUGGAGGAGCCUGUCAUUGUCCACGGUUUCACUCUCGUGCCAGAAAUCAGUGCCAAGGAUGUGAUAGAAAGCAUUGCCGAGUCUGCCUUCAAGACCUCCGAGUGGCCUGUGAUUCUGUCCUUUGAGAACCACUGCAACCCUCGCCAGCAGGCCAAGAUUGCCAACUACUGCAGGGAGUUCUUUGGUGACAUGUUGCUAGACUCUCCAUUGGAUAACUUCCCUCUGGACCCCGGUGUUCCCCUGCCAAGCCCAAAGAGUUUGAAACGUAAGAUUAUCAUCAAGAACAAGAAGAAGCACCGUACACACCACCACCCCAAAGUGAAUACACAGCCCAGCCAUUCCCAGUUCCACGUGGAUCUGAACCCCACUACACAACCGAGGCCCACAGAGAUGCAGGGCAACGGAGAGAUACCCAGACCUCUGAUGGAGAAGGAGGGAUCCAGGGAAUCCUCUGAGGAAGAGAAUGAAGUAGCUAAUGCCUUUCCUCACCUGGCCAGGCUGAUAGGAGAAAUACCUGAUGGGGGAGGAGGAGAGGAUGUGGAGAGUUCCAGCUCAGAUGAAGAAAAUCAACUCACACUGGAGGAGAUACAAGAGAGAGGCUCCACCAAUCCUGACCAAGGUGGUGAUGCUGAGGAGGAAGCUGGAGCAGAAAUAUCAGCUCUAGUCAAUUACGUUCAGCCAGUUCAUUUCCACUCGUUUGAAGCAUCAGAAAAGAGAAGCAGGAGCUACGAAAUGUCAUCCUUUGUUGAAACACAGGCCAGCAACCUUCUGAAGGAGUCACCAAUUGAGUUUGUCAAUUACAACAAACGGCAGUUGUCUCGAGUGUAUCCCAGAGGAACUCGAGUUGACUCCUCCAACUUUCUCCCUCACCAGUUCUGGAAUGCUGGGUGUCAGCUGGUGGCCCUCAACUAUCAGAGUCUUGAUCUCGCCAUGCAGUUGAACCUUGGCAUCUUUGAGUUCAACAGCCGGUCAGGAUACUUACUGAAGCCUGACUUCAUGAGGAGACCCGACAGAAGGUUUGAUCCCUUUGCCGAGUCCACUGUGGACGGCAUCAUUGCUGGCACUGUGUCUGUCAAGGUUAUAUCCGGACAGUUUCUGUCUGACAAGCGGUCUGGCUGCUACAUUGAGGUGGAGAUGUACGGGCUGCCAGCAGACACUGUUCGUAAGAAGUUCAAAACCAAGAUUGUGCAGAACAACUGUAUAAACCCUGUGUGGGAUGAGGAGCCAUUUGUAUUUAAGAAGGUGGUGUUGCCUGAGCUGGCCACGCUGAGGAUAGUGGCAUAUGAGGAGGGUGGCAGAGUCAGUUUAGGCCACAGAGUGCUACCUAUCGUUGGCCUCAGACCGGGAUACAAACACAUCACACUGCGAAAUGAGGCUGGCCAGCCACUGGGCAUCUCAACGCUCUUCUUAUAUGUCAAGGUUGGGGAUUACGUGCCACAUGGUCUUAUUGACUUUGCUGAGGCCUUGGCGAACCCUAUCAAGUACCUGAGUGAGCUGGACAAGAGGGCAAAGCAACUGGAAGUGUUUGACGAUGAUGAAGACACAGAGCAGGAGGGCGGUGACAAGGAUGUCCCAGAGGCCCCCAGCAAGCAGCGCGACUCCUUCAGGAUGAGUCAGGGGGCAGGUGGGGGUGGUUCGCUGGGUGCUGGCGAGGACGGGCAGAAGGGAGCGGCUAGAACCAAGAGUAAUGGGGAGGUUCCUGACAGCAGCAGCACGCGUGAGAACACUCCACUCGGCCCACGUCGCGAGAACUCUAUCACACCCAGGGUUCCCUUAAAGCAAAGUGAAGACAAGCCUGACCGGGAUAAGGAGGGUUCUCUGACUCUCCUAGAAACAAGCAAACUACUCAAUGAACCAGAGAGGUUAGAAAAACUGUGGACCCAUAAAAGUGUGAGAGAGAAAAAAGUUGAGCUCGAUAAGAGUCUGGAGAAGUUGAAGAAGAAAUAUGAAAAGGAGCGACAAACUCUUGAACAACAGCAGCAGAAGAAGAAAAGUCAGCUUCAAAAGUCUCAUUCAAAACUUGUCAAAAAAUAUUCGUCUGGCAAAACCACAGACACUGUGGGGCUGGUAAAUAGGGAAAGCUCCCAGGAAUUUGUCAUGAUACAAGAGGAGCUGGAUACCCGCUUGCAGGAGCUGGAGAAGACACACCAAGCAAGCCUCAGUGAGCUCGGCCAGGCUCUCAUUAUCAAUGAGAAGAAGCUGCAGGAAAAGUACCAUGAACCUAUAUUCACUGCCCUGGAGAAAGUGAUGAGGAUGUCCCAGUCGGCACAGCUCAAAGCCUUACAGAACUUGCACGAUAAGCAGGUGGACGAAAUCAAGCACCGGACAGAGGAGCAGCUCAGGGAGAAGAGGAAAGGCCUUGACAAGUCCACAGGCGACAAGGAGGAACUCAACAGGAAAAAACGAGAAAUCAGCAAACAGAUAGUGGAGGAAGGCAUCAAGGAGAGACAGCAACUAACAGACAUCCAUGACAAGAAAAAAUUGGAACUGGAGAAGCAGCAUGAAGACAUCCGGAAUCAGUUUGAGGAGGAGAAGUCAAAGGCGAGAACAGCCAUCAAUACUGAUUAUGAUGAGAGGCUACGGAAGUUCAUGGAGACUCAGACAUUAUAGGUCUCUUUGGAAGACAAGAUAACAGAAGCUGCUCGUUCCAGUAUUACGGCAAUUGAUCUGCCAGCUGCUGAGUAGUUACAGCCCAUCAGCCUGUUAUCAGUUGGAGCCUUUGGUUGGGCAGACAACAGGUGUGUGGAGCACCAAGCCUACACAGAUCCUGCCACACACUUGCUCUGUCAGCUGAGUAACACACCCCCAAGGAUGUCUGUCUGUGACCCUCCCUCCUGGGGACUGGAGUUCAGAAGCUUUAUGUAUGUGGGUCUUCAAUACUAGUCACUGUCUAGAGGAAAUCACUAGCACUACCCAUGUAAACCAUGUGUUUAGGAUUCAUGUAAGUGUGGGUGUAUUAUGUACAGUGUAAUUCUGAUGAGAGUUUUUAUAUUUGCUGUAAACUAGAAACUUGACAUUAGAAGCUGACUAAAGUUAAACACUUGCUUUGAAUGUUUUGGGGUUGAAAUCUGGGUGAAUGUUAUGGCCAUCGGUCAUAAAAAGAUAGAUUAGAGUGCUUGACCCUAGAACUGCCAAUGGACUCGCUUUCAGUGCAAAGGACAACGCUCUCCUUGUUUUUGAAUGAAGUGUAACACUGAAAGCACUCUUUUGAUUCAUAUAAUUUUAUAAAGCUUUCCAUAGAUAUAGGUUUUAAUUGAUUUUUUUUUUUUCCCUCUUUGUUUUUAAUAUUUUACAUACUUGAGUGUAGUAUGUAACCCUUUUGACACUUACCUCUUUAUAGCAACCCUUUGCAAAUAUGUACAUUUAAAGCUUUUAAAUAGCACAAGCAUUCAGUGUGAUGGAUACUUCUACUUUCCAUGUAUUAUUCAUCCAUCAUUGAUAAUGUUUCCUACCAAGCAGGAUGUGUAGUGGUGUGAGUCAGCACAGCACAAGCUGAUGACUCAAAAAGGAAAAGUUAGACUUGUAGCAUAAUCUUAUAGAGAACAGCUGAGUUUUUCAAUAAUCCUGUCCUGAAAACUUGCAAGCCCUGUGUCAUGGGGGGUGAGUGCCAACAGUGCAGUUGCUGAGUGCCAUGAAAGGUAACUUUUUGUAUAGGUCUCUCUUGACUUGGAUACAGUUGCAGAGGGUCUUGUCAUAAAUUAUUGAAGCCCCUGCAACAUGUGUAACUUAAGACUUGCAAGUAGGGGCUGUAUGAGACAGAACAGGCAAUCAGCAAUAUUUAUUGAGUCGUUGCUUUCACGUAAAUGUUGAUUCACCAUUAACUCAAUGCUGUUCCAAAGUCCUCAGUGCAGGAACUGCUUUUCCCUCAUGCAUUGCCGGUGUGCUCACUCUGGGACAGAAUGUGUUCCUCAUCUGUAAAUAAGGAUCUAUUCAUUAUGCAUGGUAAUCCACAAAGAUAUGUACAUGUCCCUGUUUUCUCUGAUGGUUCUUUCCAAGGGUUGGCUGCUACAGGUCCCUUGUCCCUUCCUUUCUUCAUACCUAUAUUCUCAUAGCUUCCUUAUCUCUUUUCAUUCAGAUUUUGCAUCCACUCCAUGUGUUUCAUCUUUCCAUGGUGUUGCACACUAUAAGCUGAUACAAUGCAUAUAAAAAGAUUACCUUGAAUACUCAUAAUCACUAUUUCUUGUUUCAUCUUGUCUUUCUUUGCAUACUGUUUUCCCAUCCAUUACUUCAUUCAGGCUCUUCAAUAGAAAAUUAAUUUUAAAACUCCAUAUAUUAAAAUUAUAUAUACUUGCAUGCAUACCCAUCCUUUCACUCUUGCCAAGUAUAUUCAUGUUCUUCCACUCAAGGUGCAAGUACACUUCCCUCCCUAUUGAUGACUCUGAUGAGUUUGUUAUUGGUACCCUUCUCAACAUCUUCUCAUAAGUGACUCAUCUUUCUCAAUUUACCGGUGAACUCCUCCAUGUCACCUUAACAUAAAAUAUGCAUUUUCCAGUUUCAAAAUAUGCAAAUUUUCCUUACACAAAGAAUACACACUUUGUUUAUUACAUUAGUAUUUAAAGCAGCCACCCUAUUUUAUAUAGUUUUCCUUUGACAGUGCUACCAAGUCCUUUUCCAAACCUCUCUCUUUUUUUAUUUUUUUCCACUCCCAAAAGCCACUACUGCCAGGCAAGCAAAGAUUGUUCCAACAGAGACAGUGGGCUGCCUUACUGUCUGCCUGUCUAUGUGUAGCUCUUCAAAAGCAUCUCUUGAUAUUACAGUGCUUAUCGUGGUCUGAUUCUACUAAAAGACACUGAGCAUAUACGUAUACUAUAAUGUGAAGAAGUGGGCUGUCUCAUAACCUUGGGCAGUGAGGUGUCUGUUGAGGUGUGAACACAGGACAGGCACACACUGCCUACCCAUACUGUUUUUCUUCAUGCUUAGAUCAUAAGCAAGCAUCCAUCUGUGGACACACACACACACACACACACACACACACACACACACACACACACACACACACACACACACACACACACACACACACACACAUCUGGAGAUGUUUUUUUUUUUUUUUUUCAGAUAAUCAGUUAAAUCACGAUGUGACAUAUUGAAAAUUCUAUUAGGCAAAAAUCUAUUUAGGAGUUCUGAGCAGUUCUAGGGUUGAGAGAGAGAGAGAGAGAGAGAGAGAGAGAGAGAGAGAGAGAGAGAGAGAGAGAGAGAGAGAGAGAGAGAGAGAGAGAGAGAGAUGGGUAUCUCUUAUUAUAUUAUUUUUUAUUGAAAUAUGCUAUUUAUUUAUAAGGUGUUAGUUCUCCCAUCAAGUCCUCUGCUAUCAUAGGUUACAGUAAAGGUUAUACAUAUGCACAUUACCUUCAGUAUUUAAGAAUUCAGUGUGUUAAAAGGAAUGCUAGAUAUGUUUUGUAUAAUAUUGGUUUGUUUCUGUAUAUUUAUAACCUGAAGGUACUGAAUUGUUACUUGGUACCAUUCUUAUGUUGUAAAUUACAGUGUAAUUCAUAAAGCAAUUUAAUUUUUAAGUGCAGGGUUAUGGAGAUACCAUAGAAUCUUUUCAGAUAGUUUAUGCAGUGAUGAAAAAAAUGGUUUUGGCUGCUUCCAUUAUUAUUAUUAGGAACUGCAUAUAAAUUUUAUGCUACUUUAAGCAUUGACCUCCAAGAUUGAACUGUCAUGAUCUUGUUCAUAGUGUUAUAUAUUCUGUUACAUAUAGUACAUAAAGUUUAUUGUUUGGAGAGGAACAAAGUUGUAAGCAGUCAUUAAUAUUGUCAUUAAUGUUGUUGAGAAUUGUACCUGUAUAGUAAAUCCAUUCAGUUUUUAAUAUAAAUCCAAUGAUUUAUAUCAGUAAUAAUAUAGAUGCAAGUGUCUAUGGUAAUUGUACUAGGCAUUUUUAAAUGUAAAAGUGUUAAGAGGCUGCAUUCAACAAUUUUCUCUUGACUACACACUACUCGCAAUGUUUUCUGUCGUGCUCAAAAUGCUUGUGAAGCUCCAAGUUAUUUGCCACACUGUCCUCACCUCCUUUGUGAGUCUCAGCCAGACAUGCACUUGUAUUUGUGUUGUGGAAACUGUACAGACCACAAAAACAAGCCAAUAUAAAUCAUUGUAUGUCAAGGAUGUACCGUAGUAAAAAUGGUCUUUGUUGCUAGGGACUAAAUUGUUUGCCCUGUUAUCAUCAUAAGAAAGUUUGAUGAAGGCAAUUCAUUUAUACUGGAAAAGAAUUUAGUUGACACAAGUGUGUAUAUGUGCUAGACUUGCAAGCAUAUGGUAAUUGGCUCUCUCCUGUGUUGGCUGUUCCUGGAGCUUCACUUCCAUUAGUGCUGUAGUGGUUCUUCCAGUGCAGGUGUGAUUCACUGGCACAAGAUAUUUAGUUACCGUACUGCUUUAUUGAAGCACAAACAAAAGUGAAUCAGUCACCUCUUAUUUCAAUUGAAUGUAAGUACUUCAAAAUGACUGCCUUUAGGUGUGUGUGUGUGUGUGUGUGUGUGUGUGUGUGUGUGUGUGUGUGUGUGUGUGUGUGCGUGUGCGCGCAUGCGCACACACACUGCAGAUACCAGCUUGUAUUGCCUGAGAGUUACCAUCAUAUGAAGUGAGAAAAGCUUGACCUAAUGUUCAGCUGUGAAUCUAAUCAGUCCAGUCUGAAGAUCAUACAGGUAAUUCUUUUGUAAUUAAGAUAGAUACUUAUGAAUAACCGAAGAUCUCUGUGACAUAUAAGAACAAUAGCUUAAAUAGAGUGUUGCCAAAAGAUUAGUUGAUAUUAUUCCACAUUUUACUUAUCAUAUGGCAGAGCAGAAUGUGAUGCAGAUGUGUUUAUAUGGGAGCUCAAAAAGUAGAUUACUGACAGGACAGCUCUUUUGAUUCAUAGAGUUAGAAAGAGUUUCCAAAAUUAUUCAAGAGCAGAUUCAUAUCAACAUAGGAAGAUUAAAGUAGAAGGUUAAGGGGUAUCUGUGUGUGUGUGUGUGUGUGUGUGUGUGUGUGUGUGUGUGUGUUUUCUUCCUUCUCUCUCUCUCUCUCUCUCUCUCUCUCUCUCUCUCUCUCUCUCUCUCUCUCUCUCUCUCUCUCUCUCUCUCUCUCUCUCUCUCUCUCUCUCUCUCUCUCUCUCUCUCUUCUAUUUUUGUCACAGAAAUUACUUGCAAUGACUAUUUUGACUAUUUUUUCUAUUUAUUUAUUUGUAUCAACAGUAAAUUUUGGUAGCACAUUCCCUAAAGAACCCAAGGCACAACACACUCUCACACCAAGAAAACAUUUUAUACUUCCCACAACCUUUCAUUGUUAUACUUGUGCUCAUUUCUCUUCCCUUUUUUAUUUAUUUAUUUUUUUCUCGAAUGCAGCCCAAAUAAUUCUAUGCAGAUGUAGUCUCAACAUUGUUUUCUACUUGCCUUUCUAUUCUUGAAGGGAAGCUCUGCCUUAAUGUGAAGGUGAAUGGAGAGAGCAUUCCAGUGGACAGCAACGUGAGGCCCCCACCAUCAACUGCACCAACAGGAAAUAUUAUACUGUAGGAGCUUUUUUUUUUUUUUUUUUCUCUCUUUCACUGUGUUAAUGAUUGAAUAGUGCAAUGUCUUUAUACAAAUUGUGUAUGGGUAAAAUUUAAGCAACUUCACUGUGUAUGUGUAUAGCAUUGUAUUUUGUUUAUUUCCCCUUAGAAUCAUUCCUUAUUUCCACCUUUUUCAUUAUCAUGCAGCUCACCAUUACAGUGGCUCAGCUCUCCCACCAUAACUGGCUAGACCCAGGCCUCCCACAUAUAUCCAAAAUAUUCACGUAUAUAAAUGUAUUAUUGUUGAUUCCUUUCCUCUCAUGUUUCACGACCUAGUAGCAGAUUGGUGAGUGAGGAGUCCUGAGCUGGGUGGUCAUGGUGGAUGGGUCAAGCCAGUGUUUAGUACUGUAUAUGUUUUGUCCUCAACAAGUGGAUGAAAUCUUUGCUUAUGUUAUUUCAGGCAGUGAACACUUCUUUUCUUUGUUCACUGAGAUGGACCAUUAUGGAACAAUUUGCUAAGUAGAAUUUCUAAUUGAUUUCUGGCAGUGUGUCAUUAAGUUUGUUAUUAUUUUAUUUAUUUUCAUUUCAUUUAGAUCAUUGGAUUUUCAAAGAAUGCUAUAUAACAAAAAUGUGUAACUGACUUUUUUUUUUUUUUUUCAAAAUAUUCUGUCAAUAUAUGUACAAUCUUGCAAUUUUUAGAAAGUUCUGUUAGUAUCACCAACAUUGGAAUUUCCCAGGGCAUCAUUCAUCUCAUAUAAGUUCCCAUUCUUGUUGAAAUUGUAGACCUUCAGUUGUAUUCAAAUAUAUUUUAUGUGGUUGGUAAUUUUAGUGUUAUCAAUCAUUCAGAAUUAAUUUUGAGAGCUCUAGUGUAGAUUCUUACAUUAUCAGUAAUUGUUAUGACUUAUUUUAUGCUAUUUUAUUCAGUUUGUUUUACCCUAUUUCAUGGUCACAAACUUUUAAAUGAAUUUUGGCAUGUUUGUAAGUCUGAAAUAGUUAUUUAUUGCUUUCCAUUUUUGUAAAUAUUUGCAUAUCACUUAUGUUUUCCCAAUCAUCAGUAUAAAUCAUUCACAUGCCACAUUUUCACUUAUGGUUUUUCAUUUUUACAUUGCAGUUCACAAGACAAUGUUACUUCAGUUGUAUAUUAUGUAUUUGUUACUGUGGUAAAAGAGAGUUGGCAGAGGCUCACAGUCUGUGUAUAGCAGUUACCUUGUAGAUAAGUUGAAUAACAGAUUCAGGGAAUGCUUGCAUGUUUUGCCAUGUUGGAGAUGUACCUCUCACAUCUGGUUACAUUAGAUCUGACUGGCCCCCUUCAUCCAAUCCAUUUCCUGUCAGUGUAACUGAUCUCUUGCCACAAUGAUGCAUCAAUCCCUUAGGUCAUGGGUGGUGGCAUCCUGAACCUCAUUCCCAAACAAUCAUCUGGCUUGGGUUCAAAAUCCUUCCCCAGAUGUGUCUCACCAACACUUGCUCCAGGCAGCUUCAAGUUUGGCGGUGUGUUCCCAGGCACAUCCCAUGUUAGACCUGUGAGCUCGUCGCUGGAGUGCUGGCGCUCACAAUGUCAGAAAAAAAGAUGAUACACAACUGUCUCUAAAGCAGCACAAAGAUUUGCUCAUUAACUCCAGUCAAAAAACAUUCAAGUUCUUUAGCAGUGCGACAUUGUGCGAGUUUGCAUCACCAGACUGACCUAGUGCAGGACUCCUUAGCUGGAGAGAUGGUGGGGCUGGGGAGUCCCCACCAGGGACAUCCUCAAUGUGACUUUAUUAGAAUUCAUUCAUUUUUAUAGAAAAAAUCUUAAAUUCAUCCAUUAUUUGAAGUCAGCUGUGUAUAAUAGAUGUCAUACAUCUCUCUGCCCAUACAUAUGAGAACUAUUCUAUGAUGGAGUAUUUAGUGUUAAUAUAUUGCAGAUUCUAUCCCACAUAUCUCAAACUUCAUUCAUUAUAUGUGUAUGAUAUAGGUCAGGUCAGAACCUUGAAUAAAUAAUUUCCAGAAUACAUGGUUGCCUGAAAUCAUCUUGUCCAAGUUCUAUUUAUGUGUUCACAAUUAUAAAACAAGAGAGAUAGCAAAUUGUUGACAAUGUGAAAGCUCAGGUUGCAUCAUACAGUGUUGCAUCUCAUUUUGUACAUAAAUAGUGCAAUUGGCCAGAUUCAUUUUGCUUCUCUCUGUCUACUGACUCCAGAUGAUUGUUAAUAAGGUGUGAAAAGUGUAGACAGCAAUAAAAAUGAGUUUCUGUAGUCCUUUAGGCUCAUCACCACAAUGGAGCCUUUUCAGUGAAAGAUUAUUGUUGAAUUGGAAACUAAUAAGUUGUGUUGUUUUGCCUCCUCUUUGUUCUUUGUUGUCAAUGUGUAGACCAGCAACAAGCCAGAUACUUCCCUUUGGUAGACAUUAAGUUAAUGGACCAGUGAAUCACUGAAAUUUGCACACACACACACACACACACACACACACACACACACACACACACACACACACACACACACACACACACACACACACACACACACACACACACACACACCAAGUUACUUAAAACUUAGCACCUUGAUAGGCACAUAGUUGCUUCUUAAGGAGUAUGUGAUUCAUUGAUUGUUACAUUACGCGUGCGCGCAAACACACACACACACACACACACACACACACACACACACACACACACACACAUAACUAAGAACUUAGAAUGUCCCCAAAGUUUGAAGCCAUAUUGAUGUAUUAACCUGCAGCCAAGUGCAUAAGACAUUCUUGUUCCUUUAAGAGCUGAUUGGAAAUGUGCCUGGUAGGGUGGUGGAAGGCAUAGGCCACAUGGAAUGUCAAGGUUGGUGUAUCAUGAUCCUUAGCUAACUGGUUUCCAAGAAAAGCUUAAAGAGAUAAAGGUUUAGGGCAUUACUGUCAGAUGAGGAGUGGGUGAUGAAGUGUAUAAUUUCCCUAAAAUUGGAGUACAUCAUAUUCAUCUUUCAAGUGCAUUAUCUAACCAUAUUUUUGCAAAACCUUGAAGCAACACAUUGUACCAAUAUAUGUUGUCCUUUGUACAAAUGCACAAUUUUUUGUACAGCAUCUGCAUGAAUAGAAUUUCAUGAAGGUGCUUCCUUUAUACAUACAUAUACAGAUAUUUACCCGAAUUUAUAAAGAAUAUACUGUCACAAGUUGAGGCGGAAGGAGCGGUUGUGAAGGCGCUUGGUCAACAUGACUGUCUUGAGGCACAACCACCAUUAAAGUGCUGCAUUCA